AUGCUAUUGUUGUUUCUACUUUGUCUCUACAACGUGAUGGUACGAGGUGAAGUGAGGUCAAGUUCUCACGGCCAUCACAGUAAGGAGGGAAGCACAGGAAAAGGGAUGGACUAUGGAAAUAGAUCUACUCGGAAUGCCCGUGUUAAGGUGAAGGUUCAUAACCGCCAUGAUGAUAGUCAUAAUCAUAGCCACCAUGUGCAUCGAAAAGCUCAUAAAGGAUAUGGAGGAAGCAUAAAGCCUCAUAAUGAAAACCAUGCAAGGAUACUUCGGAACAUGGUUGGGACCCAUGGGAACAGUCUGGAAAACCUGACACAUGAGGAAAAGGAUUUAGCAAAUAUGGCAGCACAUGGAAAUCUGGAUGCUCUUGAUAUGCUUUAUAAUGAUGGUGCAAUAACCCCGGAUGUUGCAGAGGAUGUAGGAGGGUCCAUGCUAGGAAGCCCUAUUGCAGAGCCUGUCAAUCAGGUUGAUCCUGUACCGUCACCCUUAGGGCUCACCCCCGAGAUUCCUCAGAAUGUAGCAGAGCCACCAGAUUACUCAAGCCCAGAGGAGGCAUAUGUUUCUGGGGGAGUAGCCACUGGAAGGACUAAUAAGGAGCAAGCAGAGAUCGAUGCCUUGGCUCAGAAUGAAAGCCCUAUAGAUGACAAAAUUCCGGUAGAUGCAUAUUCUUCUCUGGUUUCGAUGGGGCACUCUGCGCCUGUAGCCAAAGGAGUUGCAGAUGAGGUUAGAGACGCUAAUGCUGAGAAAGCACUAAGGGUGAAGAGAGCUUACGAUAUAUCUCAACCACCUCUGAAUCCUGGAUAUAUUCCUCAAGUCAAUCUAGCAAAGGCAACAAAUGCCAAAGAUGUGGUUUCCGACGCUGACAAAGCCAUGCUUCAGAGAAAGGUAUAUGAAGAAUAUACUGAAAAGGGCUCUCCUACGGAAAGGGCGGAGUUUGAGGCACACCAGGCAGGAUUCAUGAUUGAUAAGUAUAAUGAGGGUUUAUCCAAAGGAUUGUCCCCUGAGGUUGCAUAUGGAAGGGCGGUGAGCUUGACUGACCUCAACUAUCAGCACGCAGUCAGAUCUGCAGCAAUUGCUGGAGGAGGGCAUGUGGCAGCACAAAGCGCAGCAGAUAGGUCUAUGAUUGAGGAAAUGAAUGCAAGGGAAAUGGCUCAAACACCUUCUGGACUUAGGCCUAAGGUUUUGGAGAAGAAGCAAGAGGAGAUCAAUGAAAAGAGACUUAAUAGAGCCCAGGACCUGAGCAGCUAUCUUACCAAAAAACAUAUAACCGAGCCCAUAAGACGAGCACUACAGAAGCUUAACCAGGCAGAAACAUUGAAAGAUUUGGCAAGUAUGGAAGGGUUGGGUAAUCCUGUUGUCCAAGAAAGGAUUCUAACGGAUGUGGCAACCUCUAGUGCAGAAGAUCUUGCAAAGGCUCAGCAAAACCUGGAGAAUUCAAGAGCACAGCUUAAGCCCAACGGGCGUAAGACAAAUGCUCUUAAUUUCCUUUCGAAGGUUUCUACAGAAAGGGCCAUUCAGAAUAUGAAUCGUAAAAACGAGGAGAUGCAGAAUAAGGCUAUACAAAUCCAGAAAGAAGCCAACGAGAACAAUGCGGUAAAGACGGCUGAAGAGCAUCUUGCAAAAGCUGCAGAGCAACAGAUCAUUAAGAACGAAGGGAAGAGUGCAUUUGCAAAGGUACUUGAGAAUACUGGGGAUGUAUUGCAGGCUGGGAAGGCACGUGAGGAAGCAGAAAGUGCAGCGGCAGAAGCUUUGAAUCAACAGAGAGAGGCCAGGAAGGCUGAAGUGAUGAAGAUGCUAGGGCCGAUGGGGAUGAAUGACUCCGUUAAGGAGGCUGUCGAUCAUAUGGCAACUGCACAUGCGGGGCUUAAUGUUGUGGGAUCUGACCUUGAAGAACUAAGCAAAAAGUAUGAAGAGGAGAUGGCACAUCAAUCGAACAUUGAAGCAUUACUGAAAGAGACUGCCACAUCGAAUCUUGAUGUUAAGGAGAUUAUUCCGCCCACUACCAGUAGAGUUGGGAUCACUGAAGGAAAGAUGAAGCUCCCCUUGAAGGGUUUCAGUAAUGAAGAGCCGAAGACCGAAGAGGAAAUCAUUGUUCAGAGUAGACAAAAGAACAGAAGGAAUCAAGUAAGAAACAAGGUCAUUGGGACACCAGUCGAAAGUGGGUUGAACGUCAUCGACAUGGAGAAUGGAUUUAUGCACAUCUCCGAAGCGGCAAAGGCAUUGAAGAUCAAUAAAGGAAAGAUUUUCUAUCCUGAAAGUGCAAAGGGACUGAUGGACAAGCAGAAGCUCAACACGUCAUUGCUUGAGCAUAAGUACAAUACUGGAGAGAGACCUAAUCUUGACAAGGGUGUUGGAUAUUAUGAGGCAGAUGCUAGUGGAUUUACUCUACCUCUCCCUUCGCCUCUGGAUCCUGUUCCUACAUCUACGAUGACUAACGGUGAAAAGAGUUUGAACAUUGGGCAAGCGUCUGAGCUGGAUAUCGAGGACGGAGAGCUCUUGCAAACACCGUGGAAUGAGUUUGUGAAGAGCAUGAGGCCAUCAAUAAAUGGAAGACUAGCUCAUGAGAGCGAGGUGGCUGCGGCUUCCGAGAUGAAGUCCAGAGUUGAUGAUGAGAAGAAGGCAAAGAAUUUAGAGGGGAUUUCCACGGAGAUUUAUACGAAUCCUGAUGGGAGCAAGUUUGUUGAGGUUUCUUCACCGUAUGGGGUUCCUGAGAUCAUGACAAUGGACCAAGCAGUUGAAAGCCUUAAUAAUGUUGGGCCAUCGAGUGUUGGAGCUGUUAGCGAGGAGAUCAAAAAGAAAACACCUGACGUUCCACUGGACAUGGCUGUAACAGACUCUGUGAAGGGUUCUGAGGAGAGUUUCAUAAGUGAGAUUCUCUCAAAGAUCCGAAAGACAGGAAAUGGAAAAGCAUUGGCUAAGAAGAAUGCGUUCAAUGGAAAGGUUGAUGGAGAAAAGGCGGGGAUAGUUGAUGAAUACAACAAAGAGCUGAUCAAUGAUUAUAUGUCAUCUUCUAGCACUGUUGAAUCCCAGAUCAGAAAUAAUAUUAUAAGAAAGGCUGAGAGUUAUGCUAAGGGUAUGAACAUUUCUACAGAGACAUUCCUCAACAUGAUUUCACAGCUUCCAGAAUCGGCGAUCAAAGAGAUGGUAAGUUAUAAUCAAACGCCACCUAAUGCCCGUAAGGACAUUACUGAGACACAGUUCUAUAGCCAGAUAGCGGGGAUUUUACCUGAUGGCAACACUAGCAUUGGGUCCAUUACGGAGAUGAUAUUCAACAAUAUAUCGACGGUGACUCACCAGCCAAACACGGUUGGUGGGGAGAUACUAGAACAGAUGACGGUUCCCAACCUAAAGGCUAUUGAGCAGAUUGAGACCAAGAAGACGCCUACGGGAACAACACAAGUCUCUGUAUCAGUACCAAACGACCCUAGGAAGGUACAGGUCCUUGGAGAGGUGAAGUUCAAAGGAAAUCCAACCCAAACGGCCGCCAAUGGAAGGCCAAUCUCAGGGAGUACAGGGACAUCUGGACAGGCAAGGGCACCGGCUAAUGUGGUUCCGGGGCCUAGAGUUCCAAGCAGUCAACAGAAUCCAUUGAAACCUGGAGUUAGGGUAUCACAACCUGCCAAUAAUGCACCAGUGAGACUUCCGCCUGGACAGUCAGACCAUACAAUAAGGGGGUUCUCCCAUUCGUUCCCAGGUAGUAAAAAUGCACCAGGAAUGGUCCCCGCUCAGCCUCCAGCAGCAGGGUUCACAGGAAGAGUGGCUCGUUAA